UACACAAAUAUAUAUUACAAAUCAUACAUAUGAAUUAUAUGUCUUUCUCUAGAUGAUCUAUGUCUCUCUUUUAUACUUAGUAUGGCAUAAUAAGGUUACUAUUAUUUUUAAAAUUUGCUUUUGUAGCAGGGCUAUGUAACAAUCACAUAUUCCCACGCAAUUAGCAAGAAAAUGGUUUGUUUUUAUAUAAAUAUAGUCGCAGGAAUAGCUAAUAAAGCUGUUUACUUAUAACUGUGGGGUCUGCAAAAACGCAGCUAUAUAGUAGUGCAGGGACAAUGACCAGUAUAGCGCACGAGGAGAAAGUGAACAACAUGGAGUUCACUCCACCGUCCGAUCAUCUCUGCUACGUCCGAUGCAACUUCUGUACCACCGUUCUUGCGGUUGCUCUUCCAUACAAGCGUUUCCUGGACACAGUGACAGUGAAAUGUGGUCACUGCAGUAACCUUUCCUUUCUUAGCACCAGACCAACUCCACUCCAACCUCAUCAAUUUCUCGAUCAAUAUCCCUUGAUGACUCAUCUUCCGGGGUUUUGCAAUAAUGAUCAUUUGAGGAAGGGUUCAUCAUCAGGAUCCAGCCCAUCCAGUACCACGUCUGGCGAUCCAAUGUCCUCAACAGGAGCUCCCUUUGUUGUUAAACCUCCUGAGAAGAAGCACAGGCUACCUUCAGCUUACAAUAGAUUCAUGAAAGAGGAGAUUCAACGCAUCAAAUCGGCCAAUCCUGAGAUUCCACAUAGGGAAGCUUUCAGCGCUGCAGCCAAGAAUUGGGCUAGGUACAUUCCUCAUCCGCCUGCUGGAUCAGUUUCGGGAAGCAACAAAAGGAUUUUGCAGCAAUGAGAAGUUGUCUUAAAUCUCAUCAUUGCAUGGAGAUUCAAAUAAAUGGGACCAUAUAUAUAUGUAAUAUAUGUGGAGAUCGAGCACUUUCAGCCCACAAGUUAACUAGCUAGGUUCAUGAAGAGAGCACUGCAUUUGAUGUGUUUCUCAAAUGUAUGUUUUGGACUUUGGUUUUAUGUUUUAUUAAUUUUCCUACUGAACUUAAUCUUAGAGGUACUUUUAUUGAAACUAUUAAUUAGCUUAUUAUUAAUUCCCACUACUCUAUUAAUUAAUUAAAUAAUAUGGAUGU